AUGCCCCCGAAGGAGGGCGCGCGGUCCAGGGGGAAGCCGGCUGCAGGGACAGCGUUCUCACUCUCAGCCGGCGGUGGCAUGGUGGGUAAGAGUGACAAAAACAAGGAUGCGAAGCCUAAGAAGCCGAAGGCGCAGCAGGUGGCUCUCAAUAAAGCCGUGGAGGUGGCCGAUCGGAUGUACAAGCAACACGAGCGGGAACGGGUGAAGCGGGAGGCGACAGAUCAGGUGGCACGUCAAGAUGCUUUUCUCGACACUGCCUUGGAGAGGGCGCGACUGAGCAACGACAAGGUUGAGCAUGAUAAGAUAGUGAGGGAGAUGAAAGAGCGCGAGCAGCUUGCCUACAAGGAGUGCGAAAAGCACCGUCUCUGGAGACGUGUUCCAGAUGCCUCACGACUUCCACAAGUCGACAGUGAAAGUUCCAUCAACACAUUUUUAAGUGUGUGGCGCGAGAUGGAGGAGGAAUAUGACAAACAUAGACCCGUUGUGACGGCGUUCGCUGGUCGGGUUUCUGUUGGUACGUCCAUGCGCAAGCUUUGGUUUGUGAACGGGGAACUUGGCGUCUCGCCCGAGGAUCGCAAGAAGAUGGUGAACUCUGAACUUAACCGGUGCCUUGAGGCAUACGAGUUAACAGAAGCUAUUCACAUGGAGGCGGAUCGUGCUUUGACGCAGCGCAAGCUGAAGGAUCUCGCGUUUUUCCGCACAAACAUUGGACAGGUAUGUGAACAGGUGCUACAUUCGUUAGACUUCAUCACCAUUCACGCCUUGCUUGGGUAUGACGUUAUGCUGGAGGGUCCAGAGAGUGAGUUCCUAACCAUGAGUGUUCCACCAGCCAGCCCUGUGGUCAAGUAUGGCCUAUGGGUGAAGGUGAAGGAGACGACGCGCAGUUUUGCUUCCAUGAUAUUUCCUAACAUCGCAAUACGCCUGGAUCCCAAUUCCAGCACCUUACCAAAGCUCCCAAAGGCGCUGGGAUUGAGUAAAGAGAAUGUGGCGGUGCGUAUUAUUCAAUUGGGGUUUAAUCCGCACGGCCACCACGGUUCUGUUGGUCGAGAGUACUACGCGUUGAAUUGUGUUGUUAAAAUAGAUCCUUUAAAUUUUACGGAGCGGCCAAAGACUAGCGGAGACUGGCUCUACCGCUUUGAGACAGAAGAGGCGCACGUCUUACAUGUAGUUCCAUACCCCCCGCAUGUUGUGGAAAAUAUGGAGGAGGAUCUUUCACUCCUUGUUUCCUUCGAGGCUCCAAACAGCAUUGUUAUGCGGCACUCCUCACUUCUCAUUGGGAAAUGGCUGGAGACGUCCAAAGACUGGGAACCUUGCAGCCACACAAACAUUCCCACAGAUGUUAGUGGAAGCGAGACAAGACGCUGUGUGUUUGCAACCUCGGAGUUUGCCACCUUUGCGGUUUUGCAGGAGAAGGGCUUUGAUGUCCCGUACGAGCAGUGGCGUCUACAUCCGCUGGGCUUUGAUCAGGUGUUGCUUGUGUUGGAGGGACGUCGUCGUGGAGAAGGCGGUGACCGGGAGUUUCGCAUUCUCGUCCAGGAUGUGCAUUGCAAGCUCUUGGCGCCAGAGGACCCGGAGCUGGGGUACCUGCGCGAUAACUGGCUUGAGCCUGCCACACUGCUGCGGCUGCUCUCGCAAACCGGCUUCAACUUCCUAUUAGACGACGAGGAUGCGAAGUUUAUUGAAAACGUUGUGCCAAAGACUCCUGCCUUGGAGGAAAAGGUGUAUGCGGACAUCGCACAAUUUUGCCUCUUUUACGCCAUUGCAAGCUCGCGGCACAACAGAUACGGUGAGGAUGCGAAUUUGGCUUUAUUUCGCAUCUCCAAACAGUCCCGUGCCCUUGACCACGAGGCACAGCUGGAGGUUCGGUUAGACGACGACUCCCACUGGCACAGCGUGCGGUACCAGGCCCAGUGCUGCGCCUUUGCCGCACUUGAGGAGUCCGCCGACCUGCCCGACUUGCACAUCCUUGAGGGGCAUGAGUCCCACUAUAACCUCUACACACUUCUCUUGCACGAAAAGGGGGAGGAGGUGCGUCUGCAGGCCGUUUACCACACAAAUUUUCUUCUUCGGCGUUGCGUGUUUCAGCUGCUCUGCCUGAUCCGACCUCUGACGUGGGGCUAA